AUGAUUUCACCUACACAUAUAACUGCAUCUGCAUUACCAUUUUCAUCAACUGAUCUGAACUAUGAUAACACAUCCUCUCGUACAAGCAACAUUAACAUCAUUUCACCACCUGCCUCUUAUUUAGUAGCCGAAGCUAAAGUCAAUGGUAUACCUGGUGUCGUACUUCUUGAUACGGGAUCUGGUCUUACAAUUAUCAGCUCUCAACAUUGGUCAAUUAUUGGUAAUAAAUCUAUUCCACCAACAUCUUAUGAUGGUCCUGAUAUUCAUGGACCCGAAGGAAGUUCUAUUUGUCCUGUGGGGUGGGUGACAGUUGAUGUUGCUAUUGCUGGUAGUGUUAUUCAGCAUAAAGCUGUUUUAGCUAAAAAUUUUACACAUUUAAUUUUAAUCGGUAAUGAUAUUAUGAAAGCUGUUGGACUUGUACUUGAUAUUCAAGCUAAUAAAAUGUGGCUACGUAGUGAACCUAAUCUUAAA